AACGGAGGGCUGUGAUUGGUCGAAUUCCAAGGGACGUUAUGUGAAACCCCGCCUCUUGGAUGGGAUUCUAGAAAAUGAUUGGAUACUUGGCACAGAAAGAAAAACUGGGCAGGGCACAUUUGACAACAUAGCCUGUGCUAGCUACUGUGUUGUCAAAGAUACACAAGCUGUAAAAAAUAUAAUUUCUGGUCAAACUGCACUGCAAUUGGCGAUGAUAACAUUGUAAAACAUAAAGCUUUCAGUAUAUCCUUUAAAACGUUUUGUGAGAGGUGUUUUUUAAAUGGAAACCUCGCUGGGAAAUGUGUGAACUACAGUACCCACAAUUCCGCUGCGACGCUCAUAGGGCGACGUCAGUCAACAACAAGGAAGUGGAAUGCUCAUGGCACCUGAAUUUCUUUGAGCUAAUCUUCUUAAAAGAGAGGCACAGUUGGCUCUGUAAAAGCGCGCACUUGAAGAUUACGUUGAUCUUCUUUAACUACACCAAAGCCUCAGUCUGCCCGGCUCUUCUGUGUUAGUAAUCGCUCAUGUGCGAAGAUACAAUAGAAGCUGAAUCAGUUGGCCUAAACAGGUGAAAUGGAAGUAGAUUAAACUGUUCUUCCAUUCAUUCAGCAACGAGUCAGCGCCCUCCGGUUUCACAGUCGGAUCCCGCCGACGUAACAUACAGGUUGUUCUGCAGGCCCGGCAAAAAAAUGAGGGUGAUCGCCUUCUUCCUGGUUGGACUGGCAGUCCACGUGAUCUUCUUUAUUUCUAUCUUUGACAUCUACUUCACCUCUCCCCUGGUCCACGGCAUGACGCCCCGGGCCACGACGCUGACACCGCCUGCCUCCAGACUGGUGUUGUUGGUGGCCGAUGGCCUCAGAGCCGACAGUCUCUUGACCUUACUCCCCGACGGCUCAUCCAGGGCUCCAUACCUGAGGAGUGUGAUAGAGGAGAGCGGCACCUGGGGCGUGUCGCACACACGUGUGCCCACCGAGUCUCGGCCCGGUCAUGUUGCUCUAAUCGCCGGCUUCUAUGAGGAUGUUAGUGCUGUUGCUAAAGGCUGGAAGGAGAAUCCCGUAGAGUUUGACUCUGUGUUUAAUGAGAGCAGACACACCUGGUGCUGGGGCAGCCCUGAUAUUCUGCCCAUGUUUGCCAAAGGUGCCAGUGGAGACCAUGUGUACACCUACACAUACCCAGCAGAGGAGGAGGACUUUGCCUCCACCGAUGCCUCCAGGCUGGACAGCUGGGUGUUCACUCAAGUCAAAUCAUUCUUUCAGUCAGCAAAGUCUAACUCAAGUCUGAGGGCCAGUCUGCUCGAGGAUAAGAAUGUCCUCUUUCUGCAUCUGCUGGGCAUCGACACAAACGGACACGCCCACAGGCCGAUGUCACAGGAGUACCUGGACAACAUUGGUCUAGUUGACACUGGUGUAGCUGAGUUGGUGUCUAUUGUAGAAGAAUUCUUUGGUUAUGAUGGCAGAACGGCCUAUGUGUUCACUUCUGAUCAUGGCAUGACAAACUGGGGUUCCCACGGUGCAGGCCAUCCAUCUGAGACACUCACCCCUUUAGUGGUGUGGGGGGCUGGAGUUCAUAAUGCCCUGAGAGUCACUGAACCCCAACCCUAUGACGAUGGAUACCUACAAGAUUGGAAACUGGAGCACCUCCGUCGGGUUGAUGUCAGUCAGGCUGACAUUGCUCCCCUCAUGGCGUCUCUCAUUGGUGUGCCCAUUCCUGUCAACUCAGUUGGUGUGCUACCUCAUACCUACCUUAACAACAGUGACCUGUUCAAGGCAGAGAGCAUGUACACUAAUGCUAUUCAAGUACUCGAGCAAUUUAAGAUGAAAAUGACCCAGAAAAAGGAGACAACCUUGUCUUUUCGCUUCAGCCCAUACCAACAACUGACUGAGUCAAAACAAGCAGGAUUCAUCAACAAGGCCAGAAUGUUGAUUCAGCUGGAGAAGUACGAGGAUGCUAUCUCUCUGUGCCAGUCUCUGAUAACCCAUUCCCUGGAGGGCCUGGUCUACUACCAUACCUAUGACAGGUUCUUCCUGGGUUGCAGUGUGGUGCUGGGAUUUGUAGGCUGGACCUCGUAUGUUGUCUUGGUGAUACUGAAGACUCACGCUCGCCUCAACAGACAUCCCAGCAUCCUCAGACAGAUGCCCAGCUAUACCCUGGAGAGGCUGUGUAUGUGUGUGACAGUGGUGAUCACUGGGUUCCUGCUUAUCCAAAGGAGCCCUGUUACCUACUACAUUUACUGCCUGCUGCCUGUCCCCAUAUGGUACUCUGUCCUGAAGGAGUCUCGUACUCUGACAGAUUUGAUUCAGUCGGCUCCUUCUCUUCCACUGUGGAAAUGUUUUGGCUAUUUUGUGCUGGUGGCAUUUGGAGUUGAGUUACUGGUGGCGAGUUUCUUCUAUCGCGCCGUGCUGACUGUGGGCCUGGCUGUCCUCUCGCUCUGGCCCUUCCUGUCAGGACUUGUUGGCAAGGCCAAGUUCCACUCAUUGAGCUGGUUUCUGGGCAGCUUGUUUUUGGCUCUUUUCCCCCUGAUGCCUGUUGUGGGAAGAGAGCCGAACAUACAUCUGGUUACCUGCGCAGGUCUACUUGCUCUCUUCACAUCAGCCUGUUACCUCUGGUCAUCACGACGGAGAACACCGCUGCACCUUGGUGACAGACAGCAGUUUGUUGCCCAGAUGCUCCAUGUGGCAGUGUGUGCAUAUGUGCCCUCCCUCACACACUCCAGUCUGCAGCAGAAACAGGGCCUGCCACUUCUUAAUCAGAUCAUCAGCUGGACCACAUUAGGAUCUUCUCUGCUGGUUCCGUUGUUGAGCUCUACUCGUCUUUUCCAUCGACUCCUCAGCAUAUUCCUCUCUCUCGCAGCCACAUACCUACUGCUCAGCACUGGGUCAGAGGCCUUGUUCCUUCCUGUGUUAUCUUGGUUGAUGUUCGUGUGGAUCAACAUUGAACAGGAAGCCAUGCUCGCACAGGGUGUCUCUGGCAGGCAAGAGCUCUCCACUAUUGAUUUCUCUGCAAACAUUGACAUUGCCAAGAUCCGACAUCUGAAGUUGGAUGACAUCAGGAGAUCUUAUUUUUUUGUAUUUUUUAUAAUAACAGCUUUCUUCGGCACAGGGAACAUAGCAUCCAUUAACAGUUUUGACCCAGCGUCAGUUUAUUGUUUCCUGACUGUCUUCAAACCCUUCAUCAUGGGAGGGCUGAUGAUGUGGAAGGUUAUCAUCCCGUUCAUCAUAGUAAUGUGUACAUUUGAGACCAUCCAAGUUGUGACGCAGCUUUCGUCGCGAAGCUUGUUCCUCAUAGUCCUUGUCAUCUCUGACUUGAUGGCUCUGCACUUUUUCUUCCUGGUGCAGGAUUACGGCAGCUGGCUGGACAUUGGCACGAGCAUUAGCCACUAUGUGAUUGUGAUGUCGAUGACCAUCUUCCUGAUGCUGCUAAGUGUGUUCACGCACAUACUCACCUCACAAAGACUUGUCCUGUGGAGGAGACCCAAGGUGCACUUCCCUUAAAUCAACAUUACACAUUAACACGCUGGUGACGCUAAAUGUUUCAUCUUUUUUCUUAGCUACUUUUCAUCCAGCAUUAGUUUUUAUUAAACCAGAUUUUGUUUACAUACACAUUAUCAGGGAUAUUGUUGUAGGACUCUGUAUAAUUUAUAGUACUGUGCAAAACUCUUUGCUUCAUUGUUUUUUGGAAACCCCGUCUAAUUUGUCCUUAUUAGUUAGAUGCUUUAAAUCCGCCCCCUCUCUUACUGUCUUACUGUAAGUGUGUGAAUAAUUUCACACAUGACUAUCUGAGAAAAUGAUGUGGCAAAUGACCAGGUUUUAGUUCUUCCAAAAAAAAAGUUCCAUUUCCUGUGAAAACGUGUCUUUUUUAUUUCUGUAUUACAAUGUGAUUUCAAGUAGUAAAUCAUUUUAAACUCUUAUUGCUUAGAUGGAUGAUUUUAAUAUAACAUUGUCCAGAGUGGCCUAAGACAUUUGCACAGUACUUGUUUGCACUGUAUUCUUUUGUCUCAAGCACAUUGUUUUUGCAUUAAUCAUUGAUGAACUGACUUGAAUGUGUGACUGUGAAUUAUGUGUUUGCCAGGGGUCCUGAUAUAUGAUCCACCAAAGACAGAUAAAUUGAUAACUAUUUAAGUAUGUAGCUAUUUCCUGUAAAGCUGCCUAAAUAUAUCCUUGUUUAUAAGAAACAAAAUGUUUUGGGUCUUUUAUAUUUAUUUAUUGUGACUGUGUUGUGUAUGUACCAAUAAAACUGAUCCGCAAAUUUUAAAA